CUGAGUUUCUCUUCUGCUCGAGCCACGUUUGACCGAUCCAGGUCUUUAUUCUGCAUAGAUUAGCCUUAAACUGCAUCCAGGUCUUUAUUCUGCAUAGAUUAGCCUUAAACUGCAUCCAUAGAGCCAUGCUUUCAGCUAAGAGGCUGUAUGGCGUUCUGCUGUGUGUGGCGGCUGCGACCUUCGCCUCUGCUGACAAGAUGACAGCAGCCACAGUGUACUGGGACCCCCAACACAAGCUUGUCCUGCUGAAGGAAGGGGUGCUGGAGACCAAAGGGGAUGCAUACGGUUAUCUGAAUGAUACCCUGUCAAGUACAGGCUGGAGUGUCCUAGAGAUCCGUGCCGGGUAUGGGCAGACCCCUGAACCUGAUGAGGUGACUUUCUUCCUGGCUGGCUACCUCGAAGGCUUCCUCACUGCCCAGCAGAUGAUUGACCACUAUGCGAACAUGUAUCCGCAGCUGAUCCAUGACCCAAAGAUCCUCGACCCGGUUCAGAGUUUCAUGGCGAAGCAGGACGCAUGGACCAGAGAGCAAGUAAAACUGAACAAGAGCUCUGAUCCUCUUUGGGAACACGCAGGCUUCAUCGUGGCUCAGAUGGAUGGACUGCAGGCAGGAGUCGCACACUGGGCAAAGAAACAAGGAAAAAAGCCACUGUCCCUGUUUGCCGUCCAGUUCCUGAAUGCGGUAGGAGACCUGCUGGAUCUGAUCCCAGCCUUGGUCCCCACCUCCAACUCUCCGCUCAGAAACUUCAAACUUCCGGGGAUGGGACACUGCUCUGCUCUCAUCAAGAUGCUGCCCGGUUUUGAGAACCUUUUGUUUGCCCACUCCAGCUGGUACACAUACGCUGCUACGAUGCGGAUCUACAAACACUGGGAUUUCCACAUCACUGAGCCCCACACAGCCACCGGGAAAGUGUCCUUCAGCAGCUACCCUGGUUUUCUUGUGUCUCUGGAUGACUUCUACCUUAUGGGCAGUGGUCUGAUGAUGACCCAGACCACCAACAAUGUCUUUAACACCUCCCUUUUUGACACAAUCACCCCAAACAGCCUCCUGGCAUGGCAGAGGGUGAGGCUGGCUAACAGUUUGGCACAUACCGGAGAAGAGUGGGCCAAAACCUUCUCCAAUCACAACUCUGGCACCUACAACAACCAGUACAUGGUGUUGGACAGGAGCAAAGUGAAGCUGGGCCACAGUGUUGAUAACGGCGCUCUGACUGUGGUGGAGCAGAUCCCUGGGCUGGUGGAGUACUCUGACCAGACACAGGCUCUGCGCAGAGGUUACUGGCCGUCCUACAACGUUCCUUUCCACCACAAGAUCUACACGCUGAGUGGUUAUGGAGAAAUGUGGGAAGAGUAUGGAGAAGACUUCUCCUACGAUCUUUGUCCCAGAGCCAAGAUCUUCCGCCGUGACCAGGCUGAUGUCAAGGACCUGGACUCCUUGAAGCACAUUAUGAGGUUUAAUGACUACAAGAAGGAUCCAUACUCCAAGGGUGACCCCUGCAAGACCAUCUGCUGCCGUGGCGACCUGAGAGCGGAGAAGGCUACCCCAGGAGGUUGCUAUGACACUAAGGUGACAGAUUUCCACAUGGCUGAGGACUUCCGUGCGGAGGCGGUGAACGGGCCAACGACACAGGACGGACUCCCGCCGUUCUUUUGGGAUAAAUUCAGCAGCAUCAGCCACCAGGGUCUGCCGCAGUAUUACAACUUUACCUUCAUCAAGAUGCAGCCUCUUCUUUUUGAGCCAUGAGGUGUGUUUGUGUUUGUGUGAGUUAAACAGAGAGAGAGAUUCUGUCUGUCUGAUACUUUCAGAACAGGGAAUGAUGAGAGUCAAAGGCACAAUCUAAUGUUUCUCUUGGGGUACACUUCUGUUUACAUACUGAUGUUUUUUUUCAAAUUAUUGCUCAAAGUGACAAUCUCUAAUUUCUCAAAUUCGUUCUCUUUGACGGCAACCAUGGCAAUAAGCGGUGAUUGCAAGGCAGGGUUUUGGAUCUAAUUUCCCAGAGAUACAAACAGUGUGCGCCGUUUAUGAGUUUUCUUGGGAAUGUCACACACAAACGCCCAGUUUGUAAGUAAGUGCAAGGGCUUUUAUCACUCGUCCAUAGGCUCAUUCCCUAUUGUGUAACCUCAUUUGGUGAUAGAUAGUGACUUAAAGACAUUUAUUUAAAUGAAAAUCUCCACCAAGAAAUGCUUCUUACAUUUUUUUACUUUUUACAUGCUGUGACCAACAGUACCUCCUUCCACCUGAUAAAAUGCAGGAUGUCACACUGCCAGUCAGAUUUGAACGAGUAUAUGUCUCAUAUGUGUUAUUUAAUUUGGAAUUCAGUAGAAACCAGUAGUUUUUUUUUUUAUACUUGCCAUUUGUGCCUUGAACACUGAGAGCACCAUCAUUUUAUAAUAUGCAGAAUUAAUGCACUAAAUCAGUGAAAAUAUUUAAUCUUUCUUUAAAUGCUUGAAUGUCUUCAUACAUGCAAACACCAUCAUUUUCGAUGAUAAAAUGAAUCAAUCAAUGCAAUGUCAUACUCAGGACUGUGAUCUUGUUAUUUAUAUGCAUCUAUUUCUUAUACUUUGGAAAGUUAAAACAGCUCAGGUUUAUAUAUUUAUAAUAAGCCUGUGUUUCUUAUGUAAUAGUAUGUGUAAUACUUCACAUCUGUAUCAUGCCAUCAGUCCUUGUGUUAAUUGUUUAUUAAAGUUUUACAGUUCUACC